AUGCGUAAGCGCGGCGGAUCCAUCUCAGCCGCAACCCCGCAGCUGCAGAAUCAACCUCAAAUUUCGAGGCAGGCCUAUGAAAUGGAACCUGAUUCUGAUUUUCUCGGUUCCUUUCAAUCCAGACUUCAGCAGCUUCAAGAUACACUCGAUACUCCCAUGUCAAGAUGGACUCGUGAAGCACAUCUGCGUCAAGAGAUUGCUGGCAACUAUGAACCCCUCAGUCGACCUAGUUCCUCAAUUGAAGAGGGCAACGCUUUUCAAGACACAUCACCAAUCAAUGAGCCAACUUUCGACAAACAAGCGGGCAGUCCAGAAAUAUCAGUUGGGAACCACAAGCACCCCGUGAUAACAACGACAACAGCCCCAGCUGCGGGCACCUCUACCACAAAUAUUUCGUCUGUCGUGGUUGAAUGUCUCAAAGAUCUAACUCGGCUUGUUUCCGAAGACUUGUCAUCAUUUGCAUCUGAAGUUCCGCCAGCGCUGUGGAAAGACGAGCUGGGUCGUUUGCGGGUUUGGGCUGCCAAUAUUGGGGCUCACCAGACCGGUCAAUCGUCGCUAGAUCAUCGAUUACGGGAUGCAUCCCACAUUAAAGAGCAGACACUUCGUGUCCUUCAGCGGCUGCAACGAACCACCCAAGAUAUCAAUGAUAUUUUGCAUUACUCAUCCGGAGAUGACGAUUUCUCGGAUCUAAGCGGGGAUGAAGAUGAUGACGAGCAUCAAACAGAAAUGCAGUCUAUUUAUCAUGCUCUGCGAGAUACUAUCAACAACCUGUUCCAAAUGUCAAUGCUCAUCCGGCAACCAGCUCAACACGAUCGGCUUCUUGGCACCAAAAGAUCUGAUGCAGUCUGUUAUGAGCAAUUUGAUCAGCGACAUGUCUCAGACAAAUAUCCCAAAGCAGAGGAGAAUAUCUCGAAACGUCUUGGGCUGGCAAUUUCCCAACGUCGAGCCGUUAUGCAGUAUCGUGAACGUCAUCGCACCAAGCUCGGCCAGGGUCUCAAUCAGGUUAUCGAAGAUCAAACAGACGGGCAAUCAGCCAGACUAUCAGACACAGUUGCAACUGAGUUUAUAGAAGUUCCACCAGCGGCAAAGGACAACUUAGAAUUGUUAACUGUCGCCUCACAAACAUCUUAUGCUCAAACCAUAUUGAACGGGGCAGAAGGGGCAGUUCUCCCAUCUCCUCCGAAAGACUCGGCUGAUGGAGCUCCAUUUGAAUGUCCCUAUUGUUUCGUGAUCAUCACCAUCGCAAACCGGAGGGCCUGGGCUCGUCAUGUGUUUAAUGACUUGAUGCCAUAUAUGUGUGUCUUCUCUAGCUGUCCCACGCCCCAUCGAUUGUAUGAAAGUCGCCGGGAAUGGUUUUCUCAUUUGCAGAAUCAGCAUUCCAUAUCUGAAACCCCAAAUGUACAUGUGGACUGUCCACUCUGUCUAUCUUCGCUUCCAUCUGGGAAGCAGUUUGAAAGACACGUAGGCCGGCAUCUGGAAGAGCUGGCGCUCUUUGCGUUGCCGCGAUCCGAAGACGACGAUGAAACUGCAAUUUCUUCUGAUGAAGAUUCUGAUAAGUCACACGAUCCGGUCGAUGAGGGGCGAUGUCCCCAAUGUGAUCGAGUCUUCAAAGAUCUACGAGCUCACGCCAUGACGCACAACACUGAGCGUCCAGAAAAGUGCCCGAUUGUAACGUGCGAGUACCACACCAAGGGGUUCACUCGCAAAUACGAUAAAUAUCGCCACACACUGGUCCACUACAAGGGCGUCAUGGUGUGCCACUUUUGUCCAGGCGCUGGGACACCAAAAGAAAAGAGCUUCAGUCGUGUUGAUAUGUUCAAACGCCACCUUGUCGCUGUCCACGGAGCGAAGCUGAUGCCACCAAACCAACGUCAUCAAAGGCCGAUUUCCUCCAUCGAGGGAGGUAUGAACCACACCAGGGAUUCCACUGGAAAUUGCUCUGUCUGCAGCAAAACCUUCAGGGACGCCCAGGACGUGUUCGAUCAUAUUGACAACUGUGUAAUGCUCAAGGUGAUGCAAGGAUCCUCCGAUCCCGUCAACAACAUGCGCCUCCCUGAGGUGAACGAUGAUGAAGAAACGGUUGAUGGUCGCCACCACUCUAGCAGUUCUAAUCGCAGCCAAAAUGAGGAGAAGCCUUACCCGCGUAAAGGGAAGACGCGUGUCCCUCGUCACCUUGCUCAUAUUCCCACCAUAAUCGAUCUAGGGUAUCCGUUCAAGGAAAAGGAGGAUGUUAUCGUCAUUCAAAGGACGUUAUCAAAGGCCCAGAUCGACGAAGUGCUGAGCCUAAGCCGCAAGUCUAAGCAGCCUUCGCCUGUGGGAGACUCCCAGUCUACUAAGGAGAACGAAUUGCCUGACAAUAUCAGUACUGAGAUGCCUGAGUCCUCAGGAAGAGGCCGUGAAUGGUAUCGAUGUUGGCUAUGUGAUUCUAAAAGGCUUCCAAAUUUUGGUACAUUCAAGAGACAUUUGGCUGGGCAUGAUAUACGCGACUGCGAGUGGCGUUGUACUGAGCCGCACUGCUCUACAAUCCUCGACCUGCCAGAUAAGAUGUAUGACCAUCUUCGCAAACACAAGAGAUCCGAUCUGCUCCCAGCGGAUAUAGAGGCAACCCGAGUGAGAUGUGCCCCUCCAACCAUCUGUCCCUUUUGCUCGGAUGAGACACAUUCAUGGAGUAUUUAUUUCGACCACAUCAAGUCCCACUGUGUCAUUGAGGCCGGAAACUAG